GCGCGCGCGCUCUCCCUGCGUCACGCGGCUGCCGCGACAUGGCGGCGGCCUGUGCGACCUUCAGCUGUUUGCGGACAUUGAGCCGUGCGGCUCCGUCGCGCCCGGUGGCGGCUGCCAGCGUCUCCUCUCGGCGCUACGGUGUGCGGGCGUCCGAUACGGGCGAGCUGGUGACUCACACGGGGCAGGUAUAUGAUGAAGAAGAUUAUAGAAGAAUUAGAUUUGUUGGACGACAAAAGGAGGUGAACAGGAAUUUUGCGAUUGAUUUAAUAGCAGAGCAGCCUGUGAGUGAAGUUGAAAGCAGAGUGAUAUCAUGUGAUGGUGGUGGUGGAGCUUUGGGACAUCCUAAAGUAUAUAUAAACUUGGACAAAGAUACAAAAACUGGGACAUGUGGCUACUGUGGACUUCAGUUUAAACAGAAACAUCACUGAAAGAUCAUUCCUACGUGCUCGCAGAUUUCUGUGGAGAUGUUAAUGUUUAAGUAUAAAUAAACAAUAUAUUUAAAAGCCCAA